AUGAAUGAGCAGGAGUUCGGAACUUUAUUCAGUGAAAUCGAUUAUAACUGGGAUGGGAAUAAUAACACAAACGAUAUAGGUGAACUGAUUAAUGGGAUAGAUGGGAAUAGGACUGGGGAGGUGCAAACAGAGUUGGUUCAUAACUGGUGGGCACUUAUAGCCAUAGUGCUGGUGGUUUGUACAGCAGCUGGUAAUGUGUUGGUUUGCCUCGCGAUAUACUUGGAAAGGAGACUCCAGAAUGUGACAAACUAUUUUCUUAUGUCGCUGGCGAUAACUGACCUGCUUGUCGCAAUAUUGGUGAUGCCAGUCGGUAUACUGACUCUAGUGAGAGGAUAUUUUCCACUACCAGCCGUGUACUGCCUCACUUGGAUCUGUCUGGACGUUCUGCUCUGCACAGCGUCUAUCAUGCAUCUGUGUACCAUCAGUGUUGAUAGGUAUCUCUCACUGCGAUAUCCAAUGAGGUUCGGGCGAAACAAAACAAGAAAACGGGUGACCAUCAAGAUCGUUUUUGUAUGGAUACUCUCCACAGCUAUGAGCCUUCCUUUGAGUCUAAUGUAUUCGAAGAACGAAGAGUCAGUUCUUAUCAACGGCAACUGUCAAAUACCAGACCCGCUCUACAAGGCCAUUGGGUCCGUCAUCUCGUUCUACAUACCUCUAGGGGUGAUGCUGCUCACUUACGCACUGACUGUGCAGCUGUUGGCGCGGCAAAGGAAGGGGCUCGGACAAGGCUGGGCGGCGGGCUGGCUUGGUGCGAUCCCUAUCGAACGCCGUUGCACCUGGAGGAGAUUUCUCAGUCCAAGAGGAGGUACACCGCAGCACUCAGCUGCGUCUACCGAAACGGAGCUACCACCAAUAGAUACCAGAGACCUUUGGCUUCAGGACUCUAGCGAGCCCGCUCCGUCAGCCAUGAGUGCACUGCAUCAUUUUGGAGCUGAGAUGUUACGCCUUUCCCGCGGUUUGGAAGCUUCCGCUGCCGCUAAGCCAUCGUACAGAGGGACAAACGUAUCAGAACGUGGAGGAAUGCUUACUCCAGGGUCACUAAGCGUCUCCUCCAGUUCACCAUCAUCGAUGCUUCAAGACAAACGUCGGUUGUCAUCCGCAGGUGAUUCAAACAUACCUAUAAAUAGACCUAGGAGUGCAUCAGAUGACGAAAGUAAUGAUGGCCUAUUAGCUCCUGUCACAUUAACCACUAAGUCCAGAAGCUCAGAAGAUGGGCUUUUGCUACCACCUCCUUGCACUUGUCCUUACUUUGGGACAGAUUCUACCCCACCAAGACGACAAACUACGGAAGUAAUCAUUGUUCCUGGAGGUGACAUCAAUGGCUGUAAUGGGUAUCCUCGUAACGGUAUGAAAGGAGAUGAACCAUCUACUCCUUUCUUUAGGAGAUCAAGUCGAGGGGCGUCUUCUAUGGUUACUUGGGAGGAAGCCCGAAGAUUCAGACGUGGGUCAAGUUUUGGUGGAGCAAGAACUGCGCUAUCAACUCCAGUGAGGACGAUUCGUAACCAAAGGUCAAUAAACAACCGGCCCCAACCGCAGCAACAAACUAAUCCAGCCCCACAACGCCAGCUACCUAGAACUCAUCAUUCUAGGAACUCUAGCGUAAUUUCACGGAACUCCUCGCGUCAUGGAAGAAUUUUGCGCCUGGAACAGAAGGCGACUAAAGUGCUCGGAGUUGUGUUCUUCACAUUUGUUGUACUCUGGGCACCUUUCUUCAUCCUUAACAUGGUGCCAGCGGUUUGUCCGGAGUGUGAGAGGAGAAUUUCCAGUUGGGUUUUUGACUUUGUGCUGUGGCUAGGGUACGCAAGUUCGAUGGUCAACCCUAUAUUUUAUACAAUAUUUAAUAAGGUGUUCAGGCAAGCUUUCAAGAAGGUGCUGUUGUGUCAGUAUUGUAAGUCGACAAGGUAG